AAGGAUGACAUCACGUGUUGUUGUUCUGUCACGAGAUUUUCACUCGAUGUUCUUAUCAUGAUUCUGUUACGGCCGUCAACAAUAGACAUUAAAGCUGAAGAUCUGAGUGAAGCAGUGAAACAAAGAGAUUUUGUGGUAAUACAAAGAUUGUGUGAAAGUGCUGGCAAUGUUAAUCUAAAAUCGAUUCUACAAAAGACAACCGGAGGAAAGAGGAUAAUAUUUCUGCUUGCCGCUGAGGUUGGAGACGUGCAGAUUUUAUCCUAUCUCUGUGAUCAAGGUGCAGACAUACAUGCUAGAGAUGAUGACAAAGUCACAGCACUGCACCUAGCUGCGGCGAAUGGUAAACUAGACUGUAUGAAAUACCUCUGUGAACAUGGUGCAGAUGUGAACAGUAAGGGGGCAGAUGGGAUGACACCUCUACAUAAUGCAGUAAAAAGAGGUCGCAUAGACUGUGUGAGCUACCUCUGUACAAAAGGUGCAUUCAUUCAUGCUAGGAAUAGGACCAAAAAUACAGCACUGGACUACGCUGCGGCGAAUGGUAACCUAGACUGUAUGAAAUACCUCUAUACAAAAGGUGCAGAUAUAAAUAGUAAGGGACAGAAAAGUAAGACACCUCUACAGAUAAAAGCAGAUGAUGGUACGUUGGACUGUGUUCGCUGGUUAUGUGACCAUGUCGGUGUAGACAUACAUGCUAGAGAUGACUACAAGGACACAGCACUACACUACGCUGCGUUGGAGGGUAAACUGGACUGUAUGAAAUACCUCUGUAAAAAUGGUGCAGAUGUGAACAGUAAGGGGAGGAAUAAGAGUACACCUCUACAUAAUGCAGCAAACAGAGGUCACAUAGACUGUGUGAUAUGGUUAUGUGACUAUGUCGGUGUAGACAUACACGCUGGAGAUGAUUGCAACAACACAGCACUGCACUACGCUGCGUUGGAGGGUAACCUAGAAUGUAUGAAACAACUCUAUACAAGAGGUGCAGAUAUAAAUAGUAAGGGACAGAAUAGUAAGACACCUCUACAUUUAGCAGCAUAUAAUGGUUACUUCAACUGUGUGCGCUGGUUAUGUGAAACUGUUGGUGUAGACAUACACUCUGGAGAUAAUGAAAAGGUCACAGCACUGCACCUUGCAGCGUUCAAUGGUAAACUAGAAUGCAUGAAAUACCUCUGUAAAAAUGGUGCAGAUGUGAACAGUAAGGGGAAGGGUGAGAGUACACCUCUACAUAGUGCAGCAAAAAGAGGUCACAUAGACUGUGUGAGCUACCUCUGUGAUCAAGGUGCAGACAUUCGUGCUAGGAAUAGGAACAAAGAGACAGCACUGCACCUAGCUACGGCGAAUGGUAAACUAGAAUGUGUGAUCUACCUCUGUGAUGACAUUCGUGUACACAUUCAUGCAUACAUUCGUGCUAGGAAUAGGAACAAAGAGACAGUACUGCACCUAGCUGCGGCGAAUGGUAAACUAGAAUGUAUGAAAUACCUUUAUAAAAAAGGUGCAUACAUAAAUGCUAGGAAUAGGAACAUGGAGACAGCAAUGCACCUAGCUGCGGCGAAUGGUAAACUAGAAUGUUUGAAAUACCUCUAUAAAAAAGGUACAUACAUUUAUGCUAGGAAUAGGAACAACAACACAGCACUGCACUUCGCUGCGUGUAAGGGUAAACUAAAAUGUAUGAAAUACCUCUAUACAAAAGGUCUAGAUAUAAAUAGUAAGGGACAGAAUAAGAGUACACCUCUACAUUUAACAGCAUAUAAUGGUCACAUAGAGUGUGUUCGCUGGUUAUGUGAAACUGCCAGUGUAGACAUACAUGCUGGAGAUAAUGACAACAGCACAGCACUGCACUACGCUGCGUUGGAGGGAAAACUGGACUGUAUGAAAUACCUCUGUGAACAUGGUGCAGAUGUGAACAGUAAGGGGAAGUGUAAGAGUACACCUCCACAUAGUGCAGCAUUACGAGGUCACAUAUACUGUGUGAGCUACCUCUGUGAUCAAGGUGCAUACAUUCAUGCUAGGAAUAGGAACAAAGAGACAGCACUGGACCUAGCUGCGGCGAAUGGUAAACUAGAAUGUAUGAAAUACCUUUAUAAAAAAGGUGCAGAUAUAAAUAGUAAGGGACAGAAUAGUAAGACACAUCUAUAUAUAAAAGCAGAUGAUGGUACGUUGGACUGUGUUCGCUGGUUAUGUGACCAUGUCGGUGUAGACAUACACGCUAGAGAUGACUACAAGGACACAGCACUUCACUACGCUGCGUUGGAGGGUAAACUAGACUGUAUGAAAUACCUCUGUCAACAUGGUGCAGAUGUGAACAGUAAGGGGAGGAAUAAGAGUACACCUCUACAUAAUGCAGCAAGUAGAGGUCACAUAGACUGUGUGAUAUGGUUAUGUGACAAUGUCGGUGUAGACAUACACGCCGGAGAUGAUUACAACAACACAGCACUGCACUACGCUGCGUUGGAGGGUAACCUAGAAUGUAUGAAACAACUCUAUACAAGAGGUGCAGAUAUAAAUAGUAAGGGACAGAAUAGUAUGACACCUCUACAUUUAGCAGCAGAUGAUGGUCACUUGGAAUGUGUUCGCUGGUUACGUAAAACUGAUGGUGUAGACAUACACGCUAGAGAUGAUUACAAAAACACAGCACUGGACCACUCUGCGUUGAAGGGUAAACUAGAAUGUAUGAAAUAACAUGGUGCAGAUGUGAACAAUAAGGGAGCAGAUGGGAUGACAACUCUACAUAGAGCUGCCUAUACAGAUUACAGGUAUAGAGGUAAAUUAGACAGUGUGCGCUGGUUAUGCAAGGAAGCUGGUAUUGAUACCAAUGCUACAGAUAAAGCCGGAGAUUUCACAAGGCUGUUACUACUGUUGAACUUAUGUGCCAUCGAAAUAAAGUUGCCAAGUACCUUAUGGAACAAAAAGGCAUCAACCUCAUGUUGAGAAACAACGAAGGUCAAUUGAGUACAUGAUUUUAUUUGUGGACAACCUCAAGGUUACUCGCUGAAACAGUUUAUUCUCGAAGAUGGCAAUUUUGAAGCAUUUAUUGGCUCAGUUAUAAUGCAGAUCACCAUCAUUAUCAAUAGACUUUUACAUUUGCAAUGGCGAAAUUCUUGUUCAGUAAUUACAUUAACUUUACUUAAAGAACUAGAAGCUUCGCAAAUGUUUGUAACUGGUUUGUCAGGAAUAACUGAUUCAUUUGAUCGCUAUCAUUUUCCCGUUUACGUCUGUUUUUAACGUUUUAUGGCUUAUUUUGUCCAUUGAAUAAUAUUAUUUUUAGGAUUCACUUUUUAUACGACUCCGUUUGGUUAAUAUUCACCAAAUUCAAAUUGUUUGAAAUUUAAAUAAAUGUACAUAUUUUUACGUUCAUGAAGAAAAAUGUCAGAAUUGAACUCACAGCGGUUAUAUUGCUGACCGUUCUUUGCAAUUCCCUCCUUGACUUACAGUCACUUGUUUCUGAAAAAAAAUUAUUUUAAGCUUGAGAAGUAAGUUUACAAUAUAAAUAAGGAUGAACUUGA